AUGUAGAUUAUUACUUUAUUAAAAAUGUAAUUUGCAGGCAGAAUAUAGAAAUAUAUGUAAUAGUUACAUUUCUUAACUAAAAUAUCUCACAGCCCUUUAACACCGAGAGGCCGCUGUGCGAUGUACCUGCUGCAUCCCUCAUUUGCAGAUCCUUCUGAAUGCGUAUGUAUAAGUGUUUCAUGAUUUUUUAUUUAGGUGCAAGAUGUUACUCACAAAUUGGCUUCGUCGGAUUGGGCAACAUGGGCAGUCAUAUGGCAAAAAAUCUAUUGACGAAGGGUUACAAGCUCACCGUGUACGACGUUAACAAAUCGGCAACGACGAGCUUGGUAGAAGCGGGUGCGAGUGUUGCGUCGAGCGCCGCUGAUCUGUCGAAGGAAGUCGAGGUUGUUAUUUCGAUGUUGCCUUCGAACCAACAUGUACUUGACGUCUACACCGGCCAGAAAGGUAUAUUAAGUGCAGCGAAGGAAAACGUUUUGUUGAUCGACAGCAGCACUGUGGACCCAUCCGUGUCUCAAUCGAUCGCUGCGAAGGCUCGACGACUUAAUCUGAGGUUUAUCGAUAGUCCUGUGUCAGGAGGUAUAAAUGCGGCUAAGGAUGGCACCUUAGUUUUCAUGACGGGUGGCACGAUAACAGAUUUCGACGCUGCCAAACACGUGCUCGAAGCUAUGGGAUCCAGGGUAGUGCAUUGCGGCGAAGUUGGCAUGGGUCAAGCAGCCAAGUUGUGCAACAAUAUGUUGUUGGCCAUUAGCAUGAUUGGCACUGCCGAGGCGUUCAAUCUUGGACAAAAGUGAGAGGAAGGCAUUUCGUUGUU